AUGUCGCCUGAUGGCGGGGUUUCAAUGCAAGAAGCUAUUUCAGAUGGCCGUGCUAAAUAUGUAGCCCAGCGUUACAAGCAGGCCCUUGGCUCUUUUACUGAUGCUAUCAAGCUUUGCCCAUGUGAGAUAGAAAAGAAAAAGAGGAAGCGAAGCGAGUCAGUGACCCAGGAGCUCGACCGAAAUGCAGAACCAGACCAAGAAGCUACCAGUUUGCCAACACUCGAAUGCGGCAAUCCUCUUCAUAUCCAAGCUCUCAACUACCGAGCUGGAACAUUUGAAAAGAUCCCAGAUCUUCGUCGAGCGCUAGCUGAUGCGCGGAGGAUGAUGGACGUUGCGCCAUGCUCGCCCGAAGGCUAUCUUCGAGCAAGCAAGAUUCUGAGGAUGGAAGAAAACUCAGUAGACUCACUCAAAGUAUUGACGGAUGGCAUUCUGAUAUUUCUUGAAAGAGGCGACUUUGAAGUCGAUGAUCUCCGACGUCUUGACAAAGCUCGAAAUCCCCUCAAACCGAAAUUUGCCAGGAUUGACCCCUUGGGUGACUUUCUGAGUCUUAGUUGGAUGUCAAAGGCUCAUCUACCACCGGAGCUUAUACUGGAUAUAUUUGGCCGCUUGGAACUAUCAACGCUGUGCCAAUGUCUGCGUGUCUCCAAAUCUUGGAAGAACGCAUUGACAGCGCCAGCAAGUGCACAACUCUGGAGAUCGCUCCUAUUCACUGGUGCUUCGGUACCCAAAAAGCCCAUUUCAUUCGACUCCCUAAAGAAAUUGCUCUCCUACUCAUCGAACAAUAUUAGGGAGCUUGUAAUAAGCGAUGCUCGCAAACUAUACCUGGAUCGGAGGAAAUUCAACGCCUUCUUGACCGCCGGAAUCAGACUGGAACGCUUGGAGGUAAUUAACCCGUGUGAAGCCCUAGAUCUCAUGCGGCCUCCAACCUAUCUCAAAUAUUUGAAUCUUGAAGGAUUCCAUCGUUUCUACAGGCCUGGUUCUGCAGGCGCGGACCCCUAUCGGACCUUUCUAUUGUCCAUUGUUCGUAAUAUAGAGACUCUCAUUCUAUCGGGACUUCCUAGACAAUGGUUCGGCGACAUGGAGGUGCCUCUGAUGCCUAAUUUGAGACACCUCAAGUUGUCCAAGGGUAGAGAACAACCGUGGACAUUGUCUGUUUGUGCUCUGUUGAAAAGCACUCCCCAGCUUGAACAACUCUAUUUGGAUAGCCUCCUUUUGGAUUGCAGGCUUCCAAGUGGUGAAGAAUUCGACAAUUCCUGUGUUCCCAAUCUCAAAUCUGUCACCAUUGUGGAUCUGAAAGUGUUAGUGUUGGAAAGGGGUUUCAACAACCUUUGGCUUCAGCAGGGCCGAUCAUCUGCCCUGGAAGCGCAUAGAUGCGUAACAGCUUUGAAUGGCGGAAAGAAACUCAGGGCUCUGGAUAUACACUAUAACUGGCAGUACACCAACACUGAGCAGACGACCAACGAUAUAUUCAGUCGCAUGUACCAAGACCCUUCAUACGAAUACGAAAAUCUAGAGUUUUUGCGCUUCUCCAAGCUGGUCUUGGCACCAAACUUAGCAGAGAGGCUGUUUGGAUCGUCUAUAAGAUCAGGAAAACUAUCUUCGUUUGACAUUUGUUUCCCUCUCCCCAGAUACAGCGAGGUAACCGGGCAAACGAGUUGGGAACACAUCCUGAAGUAUAAAUGGCUGGAAGGGGCUGAGAGCAUUCGAUGCCUCGGCAUCUAUGACUUCAGCUUCAAGACUUAUACGAAGGGAUUGGAUCACCCGCUGGUCCAAUUUCUACAAACAUUUCCGCUUCUGGAAGAGGUGAAGCUGGGGUCAGCCAAUUCUGGGCCCGCGGAAUACCUGCUCACGGCCCAAGAUGUUAUAAAGUUCGUGAAACUGAAACGCAUAGAAGUUGCGGAUAUAUCUGGCGAAUCUUUUGAUAGAAUUCGGCGGCUGGCGAGACAAGAAGGCGUCAGCCUGACCUGGGAGGCUGAGAAGCCAAAGUGGCCUAGGGACUUCAAAGACAGUUAG